AAAUCAAAUUUUAUUUUCCAUCUUUAAUGUUAAGUUGAGGAAAGACUAAUACGACGCCGUAUGGAUGUGAAAUCCCCAGAAUACCCCUGACCACCGCCACCACUGUGAUUGUGAGAUAAGGCAUUCUGCAGUCCAAUCCAUUAAUCCCACUUUUCUUCUCAAUCCAACAAUGGAAGCCACUCUCUUCACCCGCCCGCCUCCGCCGUCCCCCGCCACCUCCCUCAAAUCCCACUUCCGGAACCCCUUCCUCACCACCACCCACCGCCACCCCAAACUCCGGCCCCAAUCCCCAACUCUCCCCAAAAUCCACGCCGCCAUCAGCCGCACCAAGAAAGAAGAAACCGUCGACAAAGUCAAACAGGAGCUCGAAGACUGCCACCUCCUCGCCGCCAUCAGCUACAAGGGCCUCACCGUCCAACAUUUCCAGGAGCUCCGCACCCAGCUGCCGGAAACCACCAAACUCCUGGUUGCCAAAAAUACCCUCGUUUACAAGGCCAUCGAGGGCACCAAAUGGGAGUCGCUGAAGCCGUGCAUGAAGGGCAUGAACGCCUGGCUGUUCGUCCACAGCGAGGAGAUCCCGGCGGCGCUCAAGCCCUACAGAACCUUCCAGAAGGAGAAGAAGCUAGAGGAGAACGAUUUCACGGGGGCAGUUUUCGAGGGGAAAUUCUACGCGCCCGAUGACUUCAAGGCGCUCGAGAAUUUACCCACCAGAGCCGAGCUCUACGCCCGGAUUUUGGGGUCGAUUAAGGGGCCGGCUUCCGCCGUGGUCGGGACCAUUCAGGCGCCGGCCAGGGAUUUGAUCUUGGUGUUGAAGGCUUACUGCAAGAAGCUGGAAGAGGAAGGCGGGGGGCAGUAGUAGUGGUAACGAAAUUUGAUGCCUUUUUAUUUUUUUGGGUUGAUUAAAGGGAAAUUUGUAGCAUAAUUUGUUUGUAUAAUUGAUGAUACAUUUGAUGAUAUUUUGUUUGAUGAGGUAUUGAGCGAAAUGUGUAUGUUUUUGGAUGGUUA